AUGACCAAAGUAACCAACCGGACGAUCCUAAAAGGGCAUAAGGCCAGGCUGGGGGAGUUCGAUAAACAGUGGCUGGAAGAGCUACCGAAGGUCAUAUGGGCUUACCGAACCACCCCAAGGGCAGGCACAGGAAACACCCCGUUCUCUUUGACAUAUGGGUGUGAGGCAAUGAUACCUGUAGAAAUCGGGAUGCCAACUCUAAGGGUCCAGUUCUUUGACGAGGCCAAAAACGAGGAAGAACAGAAGUUAUGCCUAGACCUGUUGGAAGAGCGAAGAGAGCAGACAUUGCUAAGGGAAAUGCUGGAGUGGGAAAGCUCGAACCCAACUGGGAAGGCCCAUAUCGAGUCACUGAGGUCGGACGAGCAGGAGCUUACAAGAUAG